AUGUUUUUGUUUAGUGUCCUGCUCAUUGGCGUUAUCGCCUCUGCCCACGGAUAUGGAUAUUCGCCGUAUCACAACAGGAAUCCUUACUACAAUAGCACAAGUAACAGAGGACAAGUGGACUUGGACUCUCGCGUUGAUGUAACGAAUCAAACGCCUGGUCGACGAACUGGUCCUUACGGAGGGCCGUACGUGUCAUCAACGAGUCCCUUUGAGAUCGUCUAUGAGUGGAAUAUUUUCGACUAUGAAUAUCCCAGUACCACUGAGAGAAGAGCCGCAAUCACUUCUGGGGAAUAUAUUCCAGAAAAUACCAUGCCUCUGGGCAUUGAUGCUUACCAGAAUCGCUUCUUCAUCUCCAUUCCACGUUGGAAAAUUGGCACCCCGGCGACUCUCGUGUCGCUCGAUCUGCCGCCCAAGACCAGGACUCCGCUGCUUCGUCCUUAUCCCAAUUGGCAAUACCACACGACACCCACAAAUCCCGACUGCACGAAGCUCAUGUCAGUCUUCCGCAUACACAUAGACGAGUGCGGUCGCCUGUGGGCCAUUGACGCGGGCAUGGUGAACACAACGAGCACUCCUAAUCUCGUGUGCCCUCCGAAAAUUAUGAUCUUCGACCUGGCCACCGAUCGCCACCUGCUCACCUUCCAAAUUCCAGACAACCAAAUCAAGGAGGACUCGCUCUACACCAGCAUCCUGGUGGACAUUCGCGAUGGGCGCUGCGAAGAUGCCCAUGCGUACGUGACGGAUGUGUGGCGCAACGGAUUGUGGGUGUUCAGUCUGGGCAAAAGGCGAAGCUGGCGCACCAACAACUACUUCAUGCUGCCAAAUCCUCAUGCAUGCGAUUACAGCUUCCACAAUCAACUGAAUUAUCAAUGGACUGACGGUAUUUUCGGCACAGCUUUGGGACUCGUUGAUGCACGUGGUGAUCGUCUCAUGUAUUUCCAUCCCAUGUCUAGUUUUUCGGAAUUCUCAGUUCUGACUUCGGUGCUGCAAAACGAGACAAUCUGGACGCAAGGCAUCAAUGUCAAUACACAAUUCAAGGAAGUUGGCGACAGAGGACGUAACAGUCAGUCCUCCACGUCCGGCAUUGAUCGAGACGGCGUCUUGUUCUACACACUCGUGAAUCAGGACGCUAUCGGCUGUUGGGACACGAACAAGGUUCUGGUUCCCAGCAAUAUCCAUCACGUGGACCAGAAUCAAGUCUUCCUCUCCUUCCCGAAUGACAUCAAAGUCGACAAGGCUGCCGAUCAGGGAGUUUGGGUGCUGGCCAACAAUCUGCCUCUAUUCCUCUACACCGGCCUAGACUACAGCAAAGUCAACGUUCGCAUUCUGCGCGCGAGCGCCAAAGCCGCCGCGAAGAAUACGCCAUGCGACCCCAACAAGAGAGGAAGCCACCUUUGGCGCUGAAUCAUAAAGACUUAAUUUCACUCUCAAUGGACUGCGUUAAUCACUUUAAUAUUUACUUUGAGUAAUCUACUAUUUCCUAACAU